AUCAGAUGUCUGGGUGGAGGAGGAGUUGUGGUGUCGGUCUGCAGCUCAGAUCAGAUUUUAUCACAAAAGCUUGAAGCUGCAGAGACGACCAACUACUGUCUGUCUCUCUGACCGUCUGUCUGUUGGGACAAACUGAGGCUGAAAUGACAGAAAGACGAUGUGCGGAGGACGUCCAGUGAAGCAGCAGCAGGACGAGGGAAAGUAAAGUUGAACUGGAGCUGAGUCGGCACAUUCAGUGGGAAGAUCAGCUGAGACCAGAACUUUGUCUGUCUGACGGGUCCGAAGAUGGAUUCUCUUGGAUUCUGUUGACUGAUCGAGAGAAGACGAGAUGGAGAUGACUAAGUUUACUUAAAGAAGGACAGAGGGGAGGAGAUGGGAGAGAGAGGGGGAGGAUGAAGGGGGGAGACAAUGACCUCCUCAUGACUUCAGCUGGCAGAAACAUGAAGGAGAUCCUUUGAGUCUAUCAGAGGAGAAGAAGGAGAAGAAAAAGGAGAAAAAGGAGGAGAAGGAGAAAAGGGAGAAGAAGUAGGAACAGAAGGAGGAGGAGGAGUAAAGGGAGAAGGAGGAGAAGAAGGAGAACAGUCCGACCUGCUGAUGAACUGAGUCCGGACAAACAGGAAGUGACUCAGUUUAUUUCACAUUAAGAGUCUUUUUUUCACUUGUUUCAGUGAAACAAGAAGAUGAACUGAAGUUGAGUCUGACCUCUGACCUUGUCCAGGUGUGGGCUGACUCACCUUUGCAGGUGUUGGGAUGCAGCUGAACCGACCUCACAGCGCCCUGCUCAGGUUCAGCUUCCCACCUCCACCACCACCUCCUCCUCCCUCCUUCUCUAGUCAGUUCAGCACCAUGAGGUUCUCCUACCACCUGAGCUCCACCUCCACACCUACAGCACACAGCAGCACCCACAGGACAGGUCCCUCCCCCUCCUCCAGUCCCAGCUUGCUGACUAAGAGUCUCUCUCUGGAGCCGUCCUGCUCGCCGUGCAGCCACCAGGGGGCACUGGACGCCGAUGCGCCCCAGCAGAUGAGCUCUGAUCCGGGGCCCAGCUCCUCCUCAGGCCCCGCCUCCCUGGAGGGAGGGCCGGAGCUAACAGCACGCUGCGGCUCAGCUAACGGACUGCUGCUGGUCAAUGAUACGGGGCCACCGGAGCUGCCAGCUACAACAGUAACAACACAGAGCAAGAGCAGACCGCCACUGCCUGGCCCGAAGCCUCAGGUCCCCCCGAAGCCCCCCCACCUCCAGCAACAGGCGGGGGUGUUAAGGCCACGCCCCCGAGUUCCGGACAAGGCCCUCCCCCCUCCUCCACCCUGUAGGCCCCUCCCAGCAGACCCCCGAGGGGCCCGGACUCCCCCCAUACACGAUGAUGGCACGGCCUCCCCCACCUGCGUCCUGACACUGAUUGAGAAGUUUGAGCGUGAGCAGAUCAUCGUGGUCCCUGACAUCACUGGGGGGGCUCUGUGUCCCCGGCUCCCUGAACCCGCCUCCAACUCCUCCCGGCCUUCAUCACCACCAUCAUCAUCAUCAUCAUCAUUUGCCCCUCCCCCUCCUGAUGAUGAGCUACCCUCUGAGCUCAAAGCUCAUGAUGACAUCACACAGGGGAAUGAGGGGGAGGAGGGUGCCAGUGACUUGCCUGAUGAAGAUGAUGAUGACGAUGAUGAUGAAGAGCUGGUGGCAGUAUGUCGUGACGACAUCCAUCAAAAGCGCCUUUCUAUGGAGUCAGGUUACAGCGCCUCAGAGAAACACCUGGAGGAUGAUGUGGUUGCCGUAGAGAUGAGGGAGCAACAGCAGCAACAGCCGCAGCAGCUAGACCAAUCAGAGCUCCCCUCUGAGCGUCUGUCCCUCCCCUCCUCACAGACGGACGGGAAGCUGGCCAAUCGGGACAGUGGCAUCGACAGCAUCAGCUCUCCGUCGCACAGCGAGGAGCUCUGCUUUGCUGGUGUGGAUGACGGGGGUGUGGUCUACUCCUGCAGCCCCGCCCUCCUGCCCCGCCUCUCCAGCUCGUCCUCGUACGCAGGGGACGGAGGAGAGGGGGAGGCGAGGGGUGGAGCCAGGAGGAGGAGGGGGUUCUCUGAGGAGGGAGACAGCGACCUGGAGGAAGAAGAGGCAGAACUUACACUUGUGCUGCCUCCGCCAAAGACUGAUAGACAGGACUCCACUGAGCUGUCUGUCCAGCAGAGGGUCUUCAACAUUGCCAAUGAGCUGCUGCACACAGAGACUGCCUACGUCUCCAAGCUCCACCUUCUGGACCAGGUGUUCUGUGCUCGACUCCUGGAGGAGGCUCGCUCUCGCUCGUCCUUCCCCUGUGACGUGGUCCAGGGGAUCUUCUCCAACAUCUGCUCCAUCUACUGUUUCCACCAGCAGUUCCUUCUGCCGGCCCUGCAGAAACGCAUGGAGGAGUGGGACUUGAACCCGCGGAUUGGGGACAUCCUUCAGAAGCUCGCUCCGUUCCUGAAGAUGUACGGUGAAUAUGUGAAGAACUUUGACCGGGCCAUGGAGCUGGUGAACACCUGGAUGGAGAGAUCAGCCCAGUUCAAGACCAUCGUCCAGGAGAUCCAGAGGGAGGAGCGCUGUGGGAACUUGACUCUGCAGCAUCACAUGUUGGAGCCUGUUCAGAGGAUUCCUCGCUACGAGCUGCUGCUCAAAGAUUAUCUCCACCGCCUGCCGGAGGACGCGCCCGACUACAGGGACGCCCAGAAGUCUCUGGAGCUGAUCGCCACGGCAGCAGAACACUCCAACGCCGCCAUCAGGAAGAUGGAGAGGAUGAGGAAGCUGUUGAAGGUGUACGAGUUGUUGGGAGGAGAAGAAGACAUUGUUAACCCGACAAAUGAGCUCAUUAAAGAAGGACACAUCCUCAAACUGUCCAACAAGAACGGGACCACACAGGACAGAUACCUCAUACUGUUUAACGACCGGCUGCUGUACUGUGUCCCAAAGCUGCGUCUGAUUGGUCAGAAAUACGGCGUACGUGCUCGCAUUGAUGUGGAUGGAAUGGAGCUGAAAGAAACAAGCAGUGCUGCUGUCCCCAGAACCUUCCUGGUGUCAGGAAAACAGAGAUCACUGGAGCUACAGGCCAGGACAGAGGAGGAGAAGAAAGACUGGAUUCAGGCCAUCCAAGCCACCAUUCAGAGACACGAGCAGACAGUGGAGAGCUUCAGACACCUGAACUGUUCUCUGCGAGACGAUGAGUCCACGCCGCCUCACUCUCCGAGCUGUGUGGAGCUGGGAAAGAGAGCUCCGACUCCGAUCAGAGAGAAGGAAGUCACUCUGUGUAUGAAGUGUCAGGAGCCGUUCAACGCCAUCACCAAGAGACGACACCACUGUAAAGCCUGCGGACACGUGGUUUGUGGGAAAUGUUCUGAGUUUCGCGCUCGUCUGUCGUAUGACAACAACCGAACCAACCGAGUGUGUGUCGACUGCUACGCCAUGCUGGUGGGCAUGUCUCCGUCACCUAGUACACUACCCAGCAGCGCCCACAGGAGGCGCUCCAUCCUGGAGAAACAGGCGUCCCUGGCAGCAGAGAACAGUGUGAUUUGUAGUUUUCUUCACCACAUGGAGAAAGGAAGUGGGCGGGGCUGGCAGAAGGCGUGGUUCGUCAUCCCGGAGAACGAGCCUCUGGUGCUCUACGUGUACGGAGCUCCGCAGGACGUGAAGGCGCAGCGCAGCGUGCCUCUGAUUGGCUUCGACGUCUCCCUUCCUGAGUCAUGUGACCGCCUGGAGCGACGCCACGCCUUCAAGAUCUCCCAGAGUCACCUGACCCUGUUCUUCAGUGCUGAGGGGGAGGAGCUACAGCAGCGAUGGAUGGAUGUCCUGUCCAGGGCUGGGAGGGGGGAGGAGCAUCAGGUCCACCGGCCAAUCGUGGAGAGUGUGGAGGAGGAGGGGGAGGAGCUAGCAGACGCAGAAGAGGGGGAGAACACGUGAUUCUAUUGGAUGAGGAUGGAUGGCAACAACAAAGGCGGAGUCAUUCGAUGAACAUUAAUGGAAACCAGAACAAAACCGGAACACACACAUGCACGAACACACAUGCACACAUGCACGAACACACACACACACACACACACACACACACACACACACACACUCUGUGUAUUUAAAGUGGUUUGUCUGCAUGAUUCCUCCUCAUAUCAACACAAGAUGGCGUCUCUCUCUCUCUCUCUCUCUCUCUCUCUCUCUCUCUCUCUCUCUCUGUCUGUCUGUCUCUCUCUCUUUUUCUUCACCUGUGAUGUAAAGCAUGGAGGUGGGCGGAGCCUCUUCUACCACCAUCUUCUUCCAGGAACCUGAGGACCCACACCCGUGACUGCAGAACCCAGAUUUUCACAGCCACCUGAUUCAAACUCCUCCGUCAGCUGUUUGCAGCUCUCUGAUUGGAUGGAAACAACCAACCAUAAAGCACAUUUAUAAAAAACAGGAAGUAGUUUAAGAGUUAACUCCCUCAGUGAUUAGGAGGCUCUACGUUCUCCUCACUGUCCCUUGAGUUCCCUUGUGGGUUCCAGAGUUCCUGCAGUCCAAAUUUCUGUCAGAAUAUGUAAACAAAGACCAGAAGAAUCCUGUGGUGAGAGACGGGUCUGGGCCGAGGACAGUGUGACCAUGUUCUGGGCUGCAUGUGGACUGUGGAGGUCUCAUCCAUCUGAGCCAGAAGACCAGCACGUGCUUGUUGAACCGGGUCUUGGUUCUGGUCCGAACUAAAUGCUGCGGAGUGAAACUUGAAGCGAGCGUGACGCAAAACAUGACGCGUCCUCACGCAACGUCCUGCAGAAACACUUGGCCGCUCUGUGUCUCUGGUUUUGUCUCUCAGUUGUUUGUUGUUGCUUUGAGUUCAGACAUCAUCAGUUUAUGGUAUUUAAUAUAUUAAUAAUAUAAAACUUUAUUCACAGCUCUAUGUCAAAAUAGACUCCAACAUGUUCGAUGAUGACAUUCAGAAUGAUGGAAAUGAAACUAGUCAUUGAUCAAAGUGAGGAAAUAAUUAAUAAUUAAAGAAUAAAAAAUGUCGGCUCAUUAUUUUCACUUCAGAUCUUUAAUUUGGACUUUCUUAAAGGCGCUGACGGUCUCAUAUCUCUAACUGUAAGAACUGUACGUAGAAAUGUCCUCAGUGUGACUGAUGAUGUCAUCAUGUAUGUGUUAAUUUAUGACUUUCCAUCCAUAUUUGUAGUUUUCUCAGCUGUUGAACUUCUGUCUUAGUGAUGAACGUCUGGUGUUUAUGAUGAUGUCAGCUGGUGACACUUUUAUAUUUCAGCUGGAUGUAAAAAGUUUAAAGAGUUUUUGAAGACGGUCUCUGGGCGGACGGAGACGAUGGAGAUGUGGCAGGAGAGCCGGUCCGUCUGUGACAGGAAGGAGACUGUAAACCUUCAGACUGAAUGCUGAGCCGCUCCUCAGCACAUGGACUUGGUGGCUCCUGUUUCCUGGAUGUGGGAAUCAAUCCAGCAGUUAGAUGGAGCCAAUCUGAACUUUAGUUGUUUUUAUCAUGUUCACUUGCAGUGGUGCAGUAUCCUCUCUGUCUCUAUAAACCUUUUGGACAAAGUGUUUUGAUAGUGAAAAAAGCAAAUAUUAUUCUGAUUAUUAUUGUUCUGAUGAAUCUCUCUGAUGCUGUGAUGAAGUGAAACGACAGACGUGUUGUUGGAUAUUCUGUGUUUCUCAGUCUGGCUUGUGUUGAUGUUUGCUUGAUGCAAGAAGAAAACUAAGAGUAAAGAUUUGUAAAUAUAAUUUA